AUGUCUGCAACUCAUACCAUAUUGCUCAUUCAGCCCACGACGCGCGUCGAUUCGAGAACCUGGACAGAUUACGAAACUCUUGGAGAUUGUCUUGAAGGCAAGUUCCAUUCGACCUGUAAUUUAUAACUAUAUUGAAAUUUGUAAAGGUGUCUGCAAAAUUUUCGAGGAGUUCCUCAAGAAGAAAAGCCCAUUGCAACCGAAAAUCACAUACGAUAUCUCCCAGUUGUAUGAGUUUGUGGACAAACUCACGGAUCUGUCGGUUCUCGUUUUCAACAGGGUUUGUUUUUUUCACUUUUCUCCUUGAUCGAUGUUUUCAAAAUUCAGGAAUCGGCGCAGUAUGUUCCUCACAACAAAGACUGGAUCAAGCAGAAGAUUUUCGAAAUGCUUCGAGGCCACGCCAAGUUUCAGACAAGCGACGUCGCCGCGGAAGAGGAUGGGGAUAUGAUUCAUGCCUGA